UCACCUUUAUCAAUGGGCGUGGAAACACAUCGUACAUUUGCUUUACUUACAAUUUGUUUGGUCUAAAAUUCUAAUAUCCUAAGACGAUGGACAAAGUUGUGAAAAAUAAGUGAAAAUGUGGAAACUAUACCAGAAACAACGAUACGUUUAAAAUAAUAGUUUUAGAACAAAGUGGGGAAAUCAGAUCUUUGGAACGUGGUGUUUAAACAUGAGUGCUGUAGCCUUUGUUUAUAUAAAAUGGUGACAUGCGAAUUGGACAAUGAUGUGUCAGGAGCUGUGUUAGGGUGGAAACUACCAGCAUGGCAAGCACUCCUGCUGCACCGGGUGCUGCCAUCUUGCGGAGGGCUGGUCAUUUACGUCACUCUCAUUUGUUUUGAUUUGGCGCUUGUUAAUGAGCACUUUGCGAAUGGACACAAUGUGGUCGGAAGCUUCUGCUUAAUUUUGAUUGUGCUGCCUGCUAUCAUCAAUCUAGUGUUCACCCUGGCGUCUCCACCCCCCGGCCUGCAAACUGAGAUGUCCGCUUAUUCCGUGACAUUGCAGAAGAAAGAUGUAAAAUGGAUUUUUCUACAAAUUUUCAACUGUUUUUUCUUUCCUGUGGCUGCUAUUGGCAGAUAUUGUUACCUUAUAUUUUGGUGGAUAGAAGCCGUAUACGCAUCAAGAGCUGAUGAUGACGCACGCACCCAAGAGGCCAUACAAUACGCACGGAAGCCAUCCCCAAUGGAACUUUACCUUUUCCUGCAGUCAUUUCUUCAUGCGGCGCCUCAUACCAUUGUGAAUAUCUUGGAUAUGAUGGCUCGCUUCAAUAAUCCUGUCUUUGGGAAAGCUACACUCCAAUCAAUCAGUAUAAUUGCGUCUUCACUACGAAUGGCCAGCACAGCAACCGUCUACAGGAGAUUUGAACGAGAAAAGUUGAACGGCCGUAAAUAUCCAUGGUGCAAACCCAAGGAAGAAAUAGACAAUGCUUUUAAUGAGAACCUCGAGACUGUUAUCGAUGGCAUCGACGAAGAUAGACAACAGAACGAAGAACCUAUUUAUGAAUCGAUAGACAAAAUGGAUUCCCUUCCAUCCCACAGAGCGAGUUAUAGAAAAUCUCGAGAAACCAGCGACCUUAUUAAGUUUUCACCAACCCCUAGAACGAUCAACGACUCAACAUUUUAUUACGAUUACGAUGACGUAUCAACUGAUUCGCACAGUUCCGGGUAUCUUCCUCCGGUUGAAACAAUGAGAUCAUCGCCAGAAGUAAAUAGUGAUGAAGAAUAUGUAAGGCCAAUAUCGAUUAUAGAUCGGGUAGCGCCUCGAAGGCGGGAUACGCAAUACACCAUACAAGAAGUAUACGUGCCGCCUCCUCCUGAAACACCGGCACCAAGACCGGGAUCCUUGGCCGUGUGGGCAGAGAAAAUGGUGGAAAAUGCGGAGUCAAUACCUAUGUGGCUUUCAGCUCCUCCAAGAAGAAAAUAUUGUGACGAAGUGGUCCAAGAUGAGCCUGAUAUUCCAAUUCGUGUCCCACGGUCGUAUAUGCGGGGUUUGGAACCGCAGGACCUGACAGCGUCGCUGGUGCAUUUUCUCGCGUGGUACGCCUUUUUCGUUUCACGUCUGCUCUCUAUUGCCGCCUUCAUCAACUUAUCUAUUAUGGCUUCAACUAUCGUUCUCUUCUCUCAUUACCAAGUGAUGCUAUUGUUUUUGAUUGUACCUCAAGCGAGCACUAUGAAGAGAUCCUUUUAUCUAUUUCUGGCAUUCGUGUACCUCUUCUGCCUUAUGGAGUUCAAAAUUAGAUUUCGUCAUGUCCGUGUAUGGCAUGCCUUUUGGAUUAUAGUGGUUACAGCCGAGACUGUAAUAUUUACGGGUCUAUGGGUCGGCAUAGACAAUAAGUUACACUUUUGGUGGCGACAGUACAUAGUGUAUGUGAUUGUAUUGAGCAUGUUAUUAAGUUACAUGUGUUUUGCAGCGUAUUUUAUGUUGUUAAAACCUAAAGAAACUAUAGUGUAUAUUAAAAAUAAAAAUAAAUUUUCUAAAUAACAAAACUACAUUUGUAAAUAUUUAUCGAAUUUAUGAGUUUCUUGGUAACACCAUAAGUAAAGAAUUAAUUUUAAUAAAUAUUUGUAAAGAAUA